GCGGGGCCAUCAGGGCGGUCUCCGCAGUCGCCGCGGGAGGUGUCAGCGACAAGAUGAAGCUCAUCAUCCUGGACCACUAUUCUCAGGCCAGCGAGUGGGCGGCCAAAUACAUCAGAAACCGCAUCAUCCAGUUUAACCCAGGACCAGACAAGUACUUCACUUUGGGGCUCCCCACUGGGAGUACCCCACUGGGCUGCUACAAGAAGUUGAUUGAAUACUAUAAGAAUGGAGACCUGUCCUUCAAAUAUGUGAAGACCUUCAACAUGGAUGAAUAUGUGGGCCUUCCUCGAGACCACCCAGAGAGCUACCACUCCUUCAUGUGGAACAAUUUCUUCAAGCACAUUGAUAUCCACCCAGAAAAUACCCACAUUCUGGAUGGAAAUGCAACUGACCCGCAGGCUGAGUGUGAUGCCUUUGAAGAGAAGAUCAAGGCUGCGGGAGGGAUUGAACUAUUUGUUGGAGGUAUCGGCCCUGAUGGACAUAUUGCCUUCAAUGAGCCUGGGUCCAGUCUGGUGUCUAGGACUCGUGUGAAGACAUUGGCCAUGGAUACCAUAUUGGCCAAUGCUAGAUUCUUCGAAGGAGAUCUUGCCAAGGUGCCCACCAUGGCCCUGACAGUGGGUGUGGGCACUGUCAUGGAUGCAAGAGAGGUAAUGAUCCUCAUCACAGGUGCUCACAAGGCAUUUGCUCUGUACAAGGCCAUUGAGGAGGGAGUGAACCACAUGUGGACAGUGUCUGCCUUCCAGCAGCAUCCCCGCACAGUGUUUGUGUGUGAUGAGGAUGCCACUCUGGAGCUGAAAGUGAAAACUGUCAAGUAUUUCAAAGGUUUAAUGCUUGUUCAUAACAAGUUGGUGGACCCCUUGUACAGUAUCAAAGAAAAAGAAACACAGAAAAGCCAGUCCUCUAAGAAACCAUACAGUGAUUAGCCUAUGUUAAUCCUAGUGUCAAGUACCUCACUGGGAGAGGCAGGUGUUUCUGGAAUUUGUCUUUGGACAGAAUUGUAUUUCUUUAAUCCAGUAUGGUAACUCCAGAUAAAUGAGCCUUGUUAUGGAGUUUAGCUAUAGGGAGAAUGACUUUAACUUACCCUUAAUGAGAAAAAAAAAAUCUCUGAAAAAUAUACUAAUUUUGAUGUCUGCCCCACACAGAUUAGGGGUUUUUAGCUUUUGUGCUGCAACUGAUACUGUUCAUGUGUACAACACACUCCUGCCAGGAACCUCUAUCAUAACAUGCACUGAUUCUCAAUUGGAAGCGAGUUAGGGGCUUGUUUGUAUUGAACAGAAUUCUUUUGGAGAACCUUGCGAACCCGACUCUCUGCCCUUACUUGAGAAUUACUGGUCAAGAUUAAUGAGCAAAUGCUCAACUGUCUACGAUAAGGAAGCAGUCCCUCUGGCCAGUAAUAAGUGCCAUGGAAAGAAAACUCCAUACUUUGUUUCCCGUUUUUUUUCUUUGCUGUGCUUGGUUGGCCUUGCCAUGCACUUGGAGGACUUCUUGGGGGAGGAUCUGGAUAGGUGGAGCUAAACAGGCUUUUGCUGAUGAACUCUGAGCAUCAAGGGUCCCAGCCACAUCAAACUCCCCUUCCCAGGGACCCUCCAGGACUGGGGAAAAGGCAGAAACCCUUUUCCCACCAGAGUCCAGUGUUUUAUUCUGAGGUCUCACUGUGGCACCUCUUAUGCACUCAGUAACAAGGAGGCCCAUGGGGGCAACACACUUCCACAAUUUCAUAGUGUUCAGUCAAGGUGAGGAGCUGGUACAAACAGCUCAUUCGUGAAUUCCUUCACAAUCUGAUGACAUUCUCCUGCUUCCCUACAAGUACAGUUCCAAGGCAGCUGACCCAAUGCUCCUGCAGCUGCUUAACAUCCUUGCUCUGCUUUGAAUACCUGCCCUGUUACUCUCUGAUUCACAUGCGUCUGAUGUUCCCAGAACAUCAGGAAACAAUCCUUUUGUAUACACUCCUUGUUCAGAAGAUGAAUCGACUGCUCUGCCUUCCUGUUUUCUCAUAAACCUUUGUGGAGAAGAUGCUGCCUCCUCCGUUGUUGUGCCUGUUUGAAGCUGCUAUUGCCUCUAUUUCUGGGAAAGAUCCUUCAGAGCCUAGCUCAGCCUCUUAAGUGCUGUGUGGUACCAGCAUUUUGUCUUUAGCUUUUAUAUGUGAUAUGCUGUCAUUUUGUUUUAAGCUAAUGGAUCAGUGGAACUGUUUACAAUGUGAUCUUUUCUAUUAAAUCCAGUUAUUUUAAAAUGUA